AGGGCCAGUCCGCCCGGUGGCUCGCGCUAGGCUCCGCGGUCCCGCUCGCCUGCCCAGCCGCCGCCUUCCCCUGCUCCCUCCCCGCUCUCGGCGCCUCCGUUCCCUUCGCCCCUCUCGCCCGCCCCUCCCCGACCCUGCCACCCCGAUUCCCGGAGGGAACUACACUUUGGCCGAGUUGAAUGAAUGAAGAGAGACACGGAGAACUCCUAAGUGAGGAGGAGAUCUGCCAGGCUGGGCUCUCCACUGCUUUUCUAAAAAUCUUGGAAACUUUGUCCUUCAUUGAAUUACGACACUGUCCACCUUUAAUUUUCUCGAAAACGCCUGUAACUCAGCUGAAGCCAUGCCUUGUGUUCAGGCGCAGUAUGGGUCCUCGCCUCAAGGAGCCAGCCCCGCUUCUCAGAGCUACAGUUACCACUCUUCGGGAGAAUACAGCUCCGAUUUCUUAACUCCAGAGUUUGUCAAGUUUAGCAUGGACCUCACCAACACUGAAAUCACUGCCACCACUUCUCUCCCCAGCUUCAGUACCUUUAUGGACAACUACAGCACAGGCUACGACGUCAAGCCACCUUGCUUGUACCAAAUGCCCCUGUCCGGACAGCAGUCCUCCAUUAAGGUAGAAGACAUUCAGAUGCACAACUACCAGCAACACAGCCAUCUGCCCCCCCAGUCCGAGGAGAUGAUGCCGCACUCCGGGUCGGUUUACUACAAGCCCUCCUCUCCCCCGACGCCCACCACCCCAGGCUUCCAGGUGCAGCACAGCCCCAUGUGGGACGACCCAGGAUCCCUCCACAAUUUCCACCAGAACUACGUGGCCACCACGCACAUGAUUGAGCAGAGGAAAACGCCGGUCUCCCGCCUCUCUCUCUUCUCCUUUAAGCAGUCGCCCCCCGGCACCCCCGUGUCUAGCUGCCAGAUGCGCUUCGACGGGCCCCUGCACGUCCCCAUGAACCCGGAGCCGGCGAGCAGCCACCACGUGGUGGACGGGCAGACCUUCGCUGUGCCCAACCCCAUCCGAAAGCCCGCGUCCAUGGGCUUCCCCGGCCUGCAGAUCGGCCACGCGUCGCAGCUGCUCGACACGCAGGUGCCCUCGCCGCCGUCGCGGGGCUCCCCUUCCAACGAGGGGCUGUGCGCCGUGUGCGGCGACAACGCGGCCUGCCAGCACUACGGCGUGCGCACCUGUGAGGGCUGCAAAGGGUUCUUUAAGCGCACGGUGCAAAAAAACGCGAAAUACGUGUGUUUAGCAAAUAAAAACUGCCCAGUGGACAAGCGGCGCCGGAAUCGCUGUCAGUACUGCAGAUUUCAGAAGUGCCUGGCUGUUGGGAUGGUGAAAGAAGUGGUUCGCACAGACAGUUUAAAAGGCCGGAGAGGUCGUUUACCUUCGAAACCGAAGAGCCCACAGGAGCCCUCUCCCCCCUCUCCCCCGGUGAGUCUGAUCAGUGCCCUCGUCAGGGCCCAUGUCGACUCCAACCCGGCUAUGACCAGCCUGGACUAUUCCAGGUUCCAGGCGAACCCUGACUAUCAGAUGAGUGGAGAUGACACCCAGCAUAUCCAGCAAUUCUAUGAUCUCCUGACUGGCUCCAUGGAAAUCAUCAGGGGCUGGGCGGAGAAGAUCCCGGGCUUCGCUGAUCUGCCCAAAGCCGACCAGGACCUGCUUUUCGAAUCGGCUUUCUUAGAACUAUUUGUGCUGAGAUUAGCAUACAGGUCGAACCCAGUGGAGGGUAAACUCAUCUUUUGCAAUGGGGUGGUCUUGCACAGGUUGCAAUGCGUUCGUGGCUUUGGGGAAUGGAUUGAUUCCAUUGUUGAAUUCUCCUCCAACUUGCAGAAUAUGAACAUCGACAUUUCUGCCUUCUCCUGCAUUGCUGCCCUGGCUAUGGUCACAGAGAGACACGGUCUCAAGGAGCCCAAGAGAGUGGAGGAGCUGCAAAACAAGAUUGUAAAUUGUCUCAAAGACCAUGUGACUUUCAAUAAUGGGGGCUUGAACCGCCCCAACUAUUUGUCCAAACUGUUGGGGAAGCUUCCAGAACUCCGUACGCUUUGCACGCAGGGGCUACAGCGCAUUUUCUACCUGAAACUGGAAGAUUUGGUACCACCACCAGCAAUAAUUGACAAACUUUUCCUGGACACUUUACCUUUCUAAGACCUCCUUCCAUGCACUUCAAAGAAACUGGAAAGAAACCUAAAACUGUCCAGAGGGGGCAAGUCACAAGGGCAGAGAUCCCCCUGAGCUGCCUCAGCUCUAACCGGCCCCCACCCCUUCCAUACACCUUGGCCCUUGAUCUCUAAAGAAAACAAACAAACAAACAACAACAAAAGCAAAAACUGUUACUAUUUCCUAACCUGCAGGCAGAACCUGAAAGGGCAUUUUGGCUCCGGGGCAUCCUGGAUUUAGAACACGGACUACACACAAUACAGUGGUAUAAACUUUUUAUUAUCAGUUUAAAAAUCAUUUUAUUGUUCAGAAGGAAGCUUCUUAAUGUAUGAUGGAAAACAUUUGGCCAUGUUUGGUUGUUGCAGUUAAGACAAAUGUAAUACACAUAGACACAUACACACACACCCACAUUGUAAGGGGACCCACAAGUAUUGCCCUUUAAAAGACUUCAAAGUUUUCUGCUGUAAAGAAAGCUGUAAUAUAUAGUAAAACUAAAUGUUGCGUGGGUGGCAUGAGUUGAAGAAGGCAAAGGCUUGUAAAUUUACCCAAUGCAGUUUGGCUUUUUAAAUUAUUUUGUGCCUAUUUAUGAAUAAAUAUUACAAAUUCUAAAAGAUAAGUGUGUUUGCAAAAAAAAAGAAAAAAGAAAUAACCACAAAAAAGGGACAAGCAUGUUGAUUCUAGGUUGAAAAUGUUAUAGGCACUUGCUACUUCAGUAAUGUCUAUAUUAUAUAAAUAGUAUUUCAGACACUAUGUAGUCUGUUAGAUUUUAUAAAGAUUGGUAGUUAUCUGAGCUUAAACAUUUUCUCAAUUGUAAAAUAGGUGGGCACAAGUAUUACACAUCAGAAAAUCCUGACAAAAGGGACACAUAGUGUUUGUAACACCAUCCAACAUUCCUUGUUUGUAAGUGUUGUAUGUACCGUUGAUGUUGAUAAAAGAAAGUUUAUAUCUUGAUUAUUUUGUUGUCUAAAGCUAAACAGAACUUGCAUGCAGCAGCUUUUGACCGUUUCCAGAGUGCUUAUAAUAUACAUAACUCCCUGGAAAUUACUGAGCACUUUGAAUUUUUUUGUUUUUUGUUUUAAUGUCUAAGAUUGUCAGUUAAUAUAUUAUUUUAUGUUUGAGUAAGAAUUUUAAUAUUGCCAUAUUCUGUAGUAUUUUUCUUUGUAUAUUUCCAGUAUGGCACACGAUAUGAGUCACUGCCUUUUUUUCUAUGGUGUAUGACAGUUAGA